UCACAUUACCAAUUUCUUCUCAUAUUUUAUCUUGUUCUUCUUGCACCCCAUUGAUAAUCACAGAGCUCUCUCUCUCUCUCUCUCUCUCUCUCUCUCUCUCUAGUUGGGCUGCGACUGAAGUGGUGAACAAUAUGGCGGCAACAUCUGCUUCCAUCUUCACUCCCACAAGUUCGUUCUCGGCUGCGAGAGUGGUCUCUAGCAGGAAAGAAGCUCCAUCAAGCUCAAACACUCUCGUAAGCAGUUUUCUUGGCUCUUCGGUGAAAAGGAACUUAGAGAAGUGUAAAGUUGUCAAGGUAGACACUAAAGUCAGGGCCGCCGCAACUGUCUCAACGGCUCCAAAUGAAGAAAUCAAAGAAUACGCGCUUCCCUCAUGGGCGAUGUUUGAACUUGGGAGGUCUCCAGUAUACUGGAAGACAAUGAAUGGUCUUCCUCCUGCAUCGGGAGAGAAGCUGAAGCUUUUCUACAAUCCAGCCGCUGCGAAGCUUGUUCCAAAUGAAGAAUUUGGGGUUGGUUUUAAUGGAGGUUUCAAUCAGCCUAUAAUGUGCGGUGGCGAGCCAAGGGCAAUGCUGAGAAAAGAUCGAGGCAAGGCCGAUUCUCCAAUUUACACCAUCCAGAUCUGCGUUCCCAAGCAUGCGCUGAACUUGAUCUUCUCAUUCACAAAUGGAGUCGAGUGGGACGGUCCUUACAGACUGCAGUUUCAAGUUCCCAAGGCUUGGAGAAACAAACCGAUGGACUUCUUUAAUGAGGGCCUUGCACAGGAAUUGAGCAAUGAAGGCGCAUGUGAAAAGGCCAUCUUUCCGGACACAAGCAUUGUAAUCACGAGAUGCACAAUGAUCGGUAACUUGUCUGUUGAAGGGGGCGAUCGCUGCAAUCUAGAUCUGGUACCUGGAUGCAUGGAUCCUACCUCCGACCUAUACAAUCCACUCGCCAACGUCGACGACGGGACAUGCCUAGUAUAUUCUGAUUCCGAAGGCGAAAACUAAGCACUGUACAACACGCAUUAUCUUUGCAUACAUUGAAAGAGCGUCCGAAACGACAGCAGCGGCAUGCCGUAAAUCUCUUCCCUCUCGACGUGGAGUGAAUGCGAUUUGUUACGUCGCAUCUGCCAUCAGCAUAUGUGCGACUGCAGCAAGUGAUGAUGAGCCUGCAUCGGCCCCGAUUGUUCUGUACUUAAAACUAGGAAACGUACCGAAGGAUUAGAGUAAAUGUCAAAGCAUUUAAUUAAUGUGGCCUUCCAGAUACUGAUUUACAACAGUGCAUGAUUUGACAAAAGCCCACGGAUUAGCAUAAA